CAUGUCGUAAUGAAAAGCACGAACCGUACCUCGCUCUUCGUCGCCGUCUUCCUUCGAUCAUCUGCCUUUCGAUCUUCCAUUCCUUUUAAUUAUUGCUUCUAAAUCUUCAAUCGAGUCCCUAUUUCGUUUAAUUCCCGAAAUCUUCUUCCAUUUGAUUCCAAAAUUGCGACCCUUUUAUCAAUCCCUGUCGUGGUCUAGGGUUAGGGUUUCGAUUAGGUUUUUUAAGGUCACACGAUCGCUGUAUUUCCUUGUGUAUUCCCCAAAGCUACUGGUUUUUGUUUUUACUUGCUUGAUAUUUCCUCCCAAUUCGAGAUAAUUUCUGGGCUUGUUCACGAGUCUAGGGUUUCGAACCGGCCAAUUUUUAGGGUUUUCUGAUAUUUCAAUUUCUGGUGCGUUUUUCUCUAAAUUACGUGAGGGGUUCGAUUGCUUCUCAUACCCGACGAAAUUGUAGUGGUCGUAUUGUUUUCAAUUUAAUAAUAUUCGGAGCGAGCCAAUAAUCUAGGGUUAGGUUUGAAAUACAUUCUGUUGCUAUUGUAAUUGGUGAAAUUUAAUUGGGGGAUACGCUCUUUGGCAUCAAGGGACGACGUUUUCUGUGCAAUUCCGCAUCCAAUUAAGCUUUUGAUUUUCGUUUGAACCUAAACUGUUCUCCCAAGUGCUGUGUUGUUCAGUGGUCUUGAGUUUGAAUUUGAAAGAAUUAACAAGAAUCAGAAUGGGGUAUAAGAGGUGUCUUGAGGCUAAUGAACUUGAGGAUCUUUCUUUGAACAAAGCAAAACGUUUUGAAAGCAACAAUGAACCGGUUUCAUUAGAUGAUAUUGUUACGCCUAAUAAGGCCUUUGCAAAGACUGUUAUUACAGGCGGUGGUGAAGAUGACUUUUACAAUAUUCAAUGGUAUGAUCCACUCGAAAUAAAUGGUGCUAAGGAAUCUCCGUAUGCUGGUGGUGACAAGAAUGUUCAAACCAGCGGUCAUUUCAGAAGUUAUUCUGGCGAGGAUGAUACCGGGUCUGGGGCUACAUCAUUAUCAUCUGCUUUGUCAGAUUGUUUGGAAUUUGAUAUUCCUCAGAAAGCAUUUGUUCCUUUGGAUGAUGAUUAUUUGGGCUUUGAUUGCUCACCUAGAAAAUCAGUUCCCAUUGGUCCAAAUCACCAAGCUACCAUUCCUGUUUGGAGGGGCAAAUAUAUUCAUGACAGGCCCUCCUCUGGCUUAGUAUCAGCUAAUACUGUUGAUGAAGAUAAGGAGAGACUCGAUGGGACUUCUGUGCUCUCAAUGCAUGAAUCUGGCUCUUAUUCUUCACCUAAUGAGUGUGGACAAGGCAGGAAAGAGUGUAACUGCCUGGAUAGUGGCUCCAUUAGAUGUGUUAGACAGCAUGUAAGGGAAGCACGUGAAAAUUUGUUGAAGACUUUUGGGAAGGAGAAGUUUGUGAACUUGGGAUUUUGUGACAUGGGAGAGGAUGUUGCACAGCAUUGGACUGAAGAAGAAGAAGAUAUGUUUCAUGAGGUUGUCUACACCAAUCCUGCAUCAUUGGGUAGAAACUUUUGGAAACAUUUGUCAGUCACUUUUUCUUCUCGAACCAGCAGGGAAAUAGUCAGCUACUAUUUUAAUGUUUUUAUGCUGCAGAGGAGGGCCACUCAGAACAGGUCCAGGUUUUUGGAUAUUGAUAGUGAUGAUGAUGAAUGUAAUACAAGAAACCCUGGAAUUCUUUGUUUUGAAAGUUCAGAUGAUUCUGCCAUUGAAUCUUUUGGUGAUGAAGAUGUCAACGUAGAAAACCAAGAUAAUUAUUCUGAUGAAGAUGAUGAUAACAGUGACGAUGGAACUGAUGAUAAUGUUCUUGGUUUAACUGGAUGUGAUAUGGGAAACACGACGGAGAUAGAGAGUGAGAUUGAUCAAAGAUCAUCAAAUUGCAAGGAGAACUCACAGGUUGAGGCUUCGAGUAAUCCUGAUGAGCGUGUCGAUGGGUGUGCUAGGAUUCUUAAUUACGACAUUGAUGUCCAGGAUGAUUCCUGUAUGUCCUUUGAGUGCGAUGCCAAUAUGGCGUCGUGCCAUUCUCAUGGUUUUGGUGAUGCUAACUCUGCUUUGCAAGCUAGGGGAUUUAAAUGUGAUCAGAGUCCGCGUGUGCAAGGAAAACUUGAUUUGUCCUGCAACGUGAUGGAGCAUGGUUAUUUGUUGGAUUCGUGUGUUGCUAAAGACUGGUAUCAUGAUUACACAACAUGUCCGGCUCCAAGUACAGAUUUAGACUUCUUACCUACGUCCAAUUUGAUUGAAGAGUUUUUUGGCACUCUUGAUAAAAAUACUGAGUGACUGAGGAAUUAGCUCUUGGUAGUUUUUAUGGUACCCGCAUGGCAGGUUCAGGAUGUUGCAGUUACGGACGUGUUAUUUGAGAGUACCAGGAGGAGCUACUUAAUAGUGGUGGAGAGGUUUGGUGCAAUAUACAGUAUCCAAGGUUGAAACGGAUAGCCUUGUAUUCUUUAUUUCUUUGUUUUAUUAUUUUCUUUAAUGCCAGAGAGAAGAGGGUGAGGGUGAGAGUAUAGGUACACAUUUUGUGUUAAUUUGUACAUACUUUGUGUUCACCUCACCGCUUCCAAAAAAAAAAUUGUAUGAUAUAUUGUAAAAAGCCGCUGAAUUUGAAUAUUAUCUCGUAUUCUCGCAA